GUGGUGAACUGUGGUGGGUGGUGGUGGUGGGUGGUGGUGGGUGGUGGUGGGCGAGCGAUGGAGGCGGCGCGCGUGGUCCGCGCGCUGCUGCGGGAGCUGCGCUUGGCGUCACCCCCGGAGCGGCGCCUCCGAGACGGCCUCGCGUACCGCCACGUGGCGCAGCUGUUCCGCGACAACCAGGUGACGGAGGAGCAGAAGUGCCGCGCUCGCGAGGAGAUGCUGCACCGCGCGACCACUUACCUGUGCCUCCUCCGGAGCACGCGGCAGUACGCGGCGCUGAAUCACAAGUACCAGGGCGGAGGGGAGCGCUCCCCCGAGGACGUGGCGCGCCUCGUGGGUCUCAGCAUGCCCCCCCGCCAUAUGCAAGCCCCCCACGGCGAGGGUGGCUUGCCCAAGCUCUGAGGUCCUCUAUGUAUUCAUGUACUAUUGGCCAAUGAGUGUUUACAUCACACGUGCGAGAGGGAAACACUCUAUCCCAUAAGUUCAGAACAGGUUGAGUCCAACAUUUUUUUUCUUUCGAUUUAAUGCUUACGUGACUGCAGGGAUUCAUCUUCUUGGUUCUUUCGGUAAAGUCACAGACCUGCUCUCCACCUGAGGACGGCUGCUUGCGUUGUGGCCGAAACGUCGUGAGAAUUAUUUUAUGGUUUAUUUUUAUUAUUUUAUUAUUUCCAUUCUACGUGACUUUAACGAAAGAACCAAGAAGAUCCAACAUUUUUGCUGUACCGCCAUCUCCCAGGGUAUUAUAGCACAACGUGUGUGCGCGAUCCAGUGCAGGAUUACAGGCCACACGCAUAGCCAACAAGCAACCCUUACUUGACCACUUUCUUCACUGCAGUUUGGUGAAGUGGGAUGGGGGUGCGGGGAGGACCGGUGCAAUUAUCUCACCAUUGAAGUUAAGAAUAAAAUUAAACCACGAGUUGCGUUGGAACUGCGCCGAUUGUGGAUGUGUGUGCGCGCCCCGCGUCGUCGCGUAACGCUCACCACAUCCCGAUCUCGUCCCAUCUCGGCAGCCGAGCCGAGCAGGAUCGAGCCUGGUUAGUACUUGGAUAAGGAGAACGGACUACCUGGGUGUGUACCACGUGUUGCAGGCUUGGGCUGUGCGGUGGUGAAACUGUGCGGCGCUUUGAGUGCCCCUCAUCUGGUGUGGGUGGCGAUGGGUUUACUCCGGGUUCUCCAGUUUCCCCACACACCCCCGAAAGGCUGUAACACUCUCAUGAAUGGAAUGAACCAAACGUCCCAAUGUAGCAGGAACCCCCUAGGGCCUAGACCAGGGGUCGGCAACCUACGGCUCCGGAGCCGCAUGCGGCUCUUUACGGGCUGCUUCUUGACGAUAUGUACGUAUGUACAGUAUGUACUCAGAUGCAUUGCGGCUCUUGAAAUACUGAAUUUUGUACCGAAUUGGAAAGAAAUGGCUCUUCUUGUUAUUUUGGUUGCCGACCUCUGGCCUAGACAGAAGACUGAGACUUUACUGGAUGAAUACAUCGAGUUGUGAUUAUUAUGAGUACGAAAGGACGUGACCUGAAGAGUGAUACAUGGCUACCGUCACACAUCCUCGCCUGUUUUCUGCACCGUCACAUCUGUGAAACAAUAAAAUGCUGCCUGGCCUCACAAGGCAACCCGAAGCAAAAA